UUGUGUUCAGUUGACGAUCGUCAGUGCAUUUAGUGAUAUAUUGUAUUAACAUUGCAGUUUAAAAUAUUAAUUUGUAAAAAAUGUUCGAACGUAUAAAACCUGGUUUUGUUGAAUUAAGUGAACUGGCUAGUGCUGGUGCGGGUGGGAAAGUCGCCUUUUCAACGGAUGACUUUUUCGCAACUUGCGAGAACAUGAUAUCAGACAGUGAGCCCGUUUUCAUAGAGGACAAAUAUACGGAGUUCGGCAAAUGGAUGGAUGGCUGGGAGACGAGGAGGAAGCGCGUGGCUGGCCAUGACUGGUGCAUUCUCAAACUUGCUACCAAGUGUGUUAUCCAAGGUUUUCUUGUAGAUACAGCAUUCUUUACCGGCAAUUACGCCCCCAAGUAUUCGAUCCAGGCAGCCUGCUUAACACCAGAAGAGGAAUCUCUAAUACCACGAAGAAUAGAAGCAAUAGGAACAGCAACAAGCGAAGAUGAUUUGGAACAAAUUAAAAAACUAGAAUCAGACAAAUGGGAAGAAAUAGUACCGAUUACCGCAUUGCAGCCAGGAUAUCAAGAAACGAGACAUAAUUACCAAAAGGUGCUAAGUGACGAAGCCUGGACCCACAUACGAGUGAACAUGUUCCCCGACGGAGGGAUAGCGCGGCUGCGGGUGUUCGGGGAGCCGCGCCCGGAACCGCCUGCACUUACUGAUGUAGUAGAUUUGGUGUCUGUUGUUAACGGAGGAUGUUGCGUUGGUUUCUCUAACGCUCAUUUCGGUCACCCUAAGAAUAUAAUAAAACCGGGCAAGGGUCGCUCGAUGUCCGAUGGCUGGGAGACGGCGCGAAGACUUGAUAGACCUAACAUUAUUGAAGCUAAUGCAGAUGGAACUCUUAAAUUGCAAGGAGAUGAAUGGGCCGUAUUUAAAUUAGGAUUUCCCGGUACAAUAAAGAAGAUUUGCGUGGACACAACACAUUUCAAAGGAAAUUUUCCUGAUUCAGUGAAAUUCGAAGGCGUUUAUUUAGAUAAUUGUAAUUGGAUUGAAUCAAAGGAGACGUCGUGGCAAACAAUAUUAAAUUCAAGCAAGCUGUCAGCAAACAAGGAACAUUGGUACAAAGUGGAGUCAGAUUUGAUCACACAUUUAAAAGUAACGAUAGCACCCGAUGGUGGCUUGAGUAGGAUAAAAGUUUUCGGUUUAAUAGAAAAUUCAGAAUAAUCAUGUACAAAUAGUUUAAAUAUUACCGCAGUCAGGUUCAAUUACUAAAGCAGUUACAAGUAAUAUUAAAUUCAAACGACCACAUAUUGAAACGAACUUUUCUAAAAGCGUCGUAUCUAUCAAUUUUUAAAAUGUUGACUAAGACUGUAUUGUUUGAGAUUCUUUUCACAAUUCUGCCGUUAGUCCAUUAACUAAUAAUUAGACAACUCUGAGUGCGGUGUAUCCUAGAGUAAAGUUAAAUAAUUGUAAAUAUUGUAACAAAACAUGUAUCUUUUAUUUUGUAUUCAGUAAAAAGACGUUUUGUUACAUUGCUUUGUUUAAUUUGAAAUUAAAUACUCUUGUAUUAUUUUACUUUAUUAACAGUGUUUUAUA